GCUAGAGUAGUAGUGGAGAAAGAGAGAUGGUUGGCGGAGGCCAGGGAGACUUACCUGUGGCGCCAUAGCUCCAGCUUCGUCUUCGAUGUACCUGCAACAAGGCGCCACCUUCACAGAGGGGGUAGGAAAACAGAAUGUGUCAAAUGAGUUGCCGGGCAGGGGACGCUUCCUCGUCUUAGGUCAUUGCGGGAAAGCACCAUCACGUCUUCAGUCUCGUCCAGCGCUCGGCAGUGCGUUCAAAGAUGUUGACUUUUCUGAAAUCUCCUGGCUCAGCCAGAUGGCGACCGAGUGGCUCCGCAGACACCACAGGCGCCCUCGGUAAGGUCUCCAUUUCAAAGCUCGAUCGUCCGGAGUUGGCGCAGUCGCCAAGUGUCAGAUCAGAGCAUGGAGGAAUAUCUACUAGAUCAGCUGGCCCGGCAACAGAGGUAUUCUCCAGAGGCAAUGGCAGGUCUGAUUCAGGCCCCAUAACAGAGACAUUUUUCAGAGGGGAUAGACCAUCCUCCGGCCCGGUGACAGAGAAUUUUUCUAAAGGUGACAGAUCGGUCGUUCCAGCAACGGACAUGUUUUCUAGAGGCGACAAGUCCGCGGGUCCUUCGACGGAGACAUUUUAUAGAGGCGACAGGUCAGCGGGUCCUUCGACGGAGACGUUUUCUAGAGGNGACAGGUCAGCGGGUCCUUCGACGGAGACGUUUUCUAGAGGCGACAGGUCAGCGGGUCCUUCGACGGAGAUGUUUUCUAGAGGCGACAGGUCGGCGGGUCCAGCAACGGAGACAUUUUCCAGAGGUGACAGGUCAGCAGGUCCAGCGACGGAGACAUUCUCAAGAGGUGACAGGUCGUCCGGCCCUUCAACAGAGACAUUUUCUAGAGGCGGAAGGUCUGCGUUCGCUAGUUCGCCUGGUGCCGAGGCAAGGAAUGGCAGCAGGAGUGCAGCGCCUACGCCACGAACAGAGCUGUCAAGAAUGUCCAGCUUGCAAUCAAAUGGCGGUCAGGAUGAACUGGGAAGAGGCUCAAGCCUGCGAUCAACCCCACUUAUAGACCUUUCAAGACCCCCGAACCCUCGGUCCUCGUCAGGUCCAAGCACAGAGCCCAUACGAUUGCCGAGCUCCAAGUCCCGUUAUGGCUCCGCCGUUGCCGGCAGCGAAAGGAGCGGACCAAGCCGGACGAUCAGUAUCCAAGCAUCAACAGCGAGUUCCAGAUCCGGGGACUUGCUCCGUACAAGGAGCCAUAUGUCCUCAAUCUCAACAGAAUCCAUGGAUCUGGACGCUGAAGAGCCGAUGACUCCCACCACUCGUGCAUUGCUUGCUAGGGAAGUCGCAGAACUAGCCUUGCAACAAAGGCGUGUUCCAGAAGGGAUGAGAGAUCUGCAACACAGCUUUGAGAAGGGGCAGGCUGCAGCAGGCGCAGCGUACAGCAAGAUUGCGGAUGAGCUGGGUGGACAGCAGGGAAACAAGCGGACCCAGCUGGGCACGCAGAUGCUGCAGUCAGUGACGAAGAGGCUGAGUGAGAUGUUGAAAAAUGUGGAUAAGAUUCGCGAGGAGGACGUUGCUGAAGCUUGGAGAGGCUGCGAGGCCUCGCUUGGGCAUUGGACAGCAAGAGAGAACGAGAUGCAGAAGGAGAAGACGGAAGUCAGAAAGAUGGCUGCUCUCUUCAAGCAAGCGCAUGACGAUGCCACAAGGAUGGUCGAUGAGGCCCGCCUAAUGGCGCAAGAGGAGAUAGGGUUGGCGCGAGAGAAGGUGAGGAGAGCAGAGGAAAUCACACGAGAGGUGUUGGCUUCUGGAAGCUUCGGAGGGAAAGAUCAGCAAGCCCAGAUCGAGGAACUGAAGAAGGAGCUGAUAGAAGCCAGGCGAAUCAAAAUGCUGCACCAGCCGACGAUGGUCUCACACUUAGAGCUGCAAGUAGCAGGCAUGGAGAAGGGACUAAUGGAGAAGGCUCAGGAAGUUGUCAGACUGAGGAGAGAGAUUGACGCUCUGAAGAACCCGAAGAAGCGGGAGCCGCCAUACCGCUUAGAGGGCUUGGAGUUUUUGGGCAGCACCCUGUAUAUCAUGCCAAGUGCACCGGAAGGCAAACUUCCCCACCCUUGUGAUAUCCAGUGGUAUAGAAUCCAUCCAGAUGGAAAAGUGGAAAGCAUCGUUGGAGCCACCACAGUGCGCUAUGCUCCCGAGCCAUAUGACGUGGGUGCGAAACUCCGGGUGACGCUCAAGUACGAUCGGCACAUGGAGAUUCUAGAAUCGUCGGGGCCAUUGGAUCCAUCUCCUGGUCUAGAACACUUCGUUGACGUUCUGCAGAAGUACGGAAGGGCACACUUCAAUUGCGUCGUGCUGGAGCAGAACUCGGAGUUCACAGAGAAGAGAUCUGUGCACGUCCUUGAGAUUUCCAAGGACAAAAUCAAGUUGCGUAAAGGUCGAACCACAAAGGUGAGGGACUUGUACUCCCCAACCAUGCAGCUCUCUGGUGCCACAGGUGGAGGCGAUAUGGUUUCGCAGACGGUCCUUUGGCAAACGAGAUCGAAGCGGAUACUGCUCAAACUGGAGAGCGAGAGGGAGAGAAACGCUGCCAUACAGUUAGCUAGACGAUUCUUAGAAGAUCAUGUCCCUCCAUCAGUCAGCCAAGAAACAGACGAAAGUAGCGGUGUUUUCGCAUACACGCCAAGCGAGAGCGGGUCGAUGCAAGAACAGGCCUUCUAGCAAGCAAGCGGUAGGCGAAAGAGGAAUUUAAAUUUUAAAGCGAUUUUACUACUGCCUCUUCCGCGUGGAGAAUUCGGGCUUCUCAAUUGCCGCAUUCCCAACUAAUCGAUCAAUUCAUCCAAUCGGAUUCUCAACGAAUCCUAUCAUACUCAUUCGGGAAAAAUGGAAAUGGAACGCGAUAGGACAGACUGUUUAUACCAGAGAAAAGAUCAAAGCUGGUACUGAUGCUCAACUGGAGAGCGAGAGGGACAGAAACACUGCUAUGCAAUUGGCUAGACGGUUCAUGGAAGAUCAUGUCCCUCCAACAGUCAGCCAAGAAACAGACGAAAGUUGUGAUGUUUUCAUCGACACCUGAACCCAGAGUGGAUCGAUUCAAAGAUCAGCCCUUGUAGCGAGCACGCAGUAGCGGAAAGAGGAAUUCAAAGGGCUUAAUACUGCCUCUUCCAUAGGAGGACAGCGUCCCUUAUUUCCCUUAGUCACAGCUACUCAAUCCUUCAAUCCAUCCCAUCAAAUGCUUCACGAAUCCUAUCACACCUCUAGAAAUCGACAUUACAUCCGAUAGCCAAGUCUCUCUAUGGCAGAGAUGAGGAUUAUUAUUACGGCAUUACUGCGGUCAUUACAGCACCGUAUAGCCGUCGACUGUGUGGCCUGCCCGUGAUGGAAAAAGAAGCGAGCAGGUACACAUCGACCGGACAUCACCUUCUGCUACUUUUGCAGAACGCCAUCCCUCAGAUAUUACGCAGUUCCCAGAGAAAGCCUACCUCACGCUGUUGUCCCCGGCGAUGGCCCUCCCUCCUGUCAGAUCUGUGAAAGUCUUACCUACCUUUAGCGUCCAUCAUUUUCGCUUGUACAUUCAUCUUCUUCGCUCUUUAGCGAAUAGCCGGUUUUGGGUUCAAACAACCAAUGCCACCCCAACUCCCCCCCCCCCUUCCCUGCUCACCCACGCAUUCAUAAUGAUACCUUUCGGCCUACAGUCUUUGUCAACUUCACACAUGCCCAACUGCAUGCGUGCUCACGGGGAUCCAUCUCCCUUUUCCAUGCCCAAAAAAGAGGAAUCGGCUGGCCUCCAAAUUCAUUUCGCAAACAACUGCCAAGAACUGUAGUCGUAAUCGCAUCCAUUACUUAUUUUAUUUGUUUCCCUUUCUUAGUUGAUGUAUUGAUUUUUCGAUGAGAGAAAGAAUUAGAUUUAGUGUUUGGGUGAUGGGGGUGUAGCUCAGCCGGUAGAGUUCCGCUCCUGCAAGUGUGUCAAGAAGAAUAUGUUGAUUUUGAGGAUGCUCAGUAAUCAGUGACGAUGAUAGCUUGGUCUCGAAAUUAGCGCCUUACAUCAAAGUAGAACGAAACGAUUGCGUCCUUCGGGACAUCCGUUAAAAUUGGAACGAUACAGAGAAGAUUAGCAUGGCCCCUGCGCAAGGAUGACACGCAUAAAUCGAGAAAUGGUCCAAAAAAAAGAACGAAACGAUUGAGAGGAAAGGAAACGAAACGUGACAAGAUGAUGCUCAUAACUUCAUCCUGCCGUAGCAAACUAGCUCCUGCCACAGAAUCUCUCCGGCUACAGAAUCUGUUCACGACCUCCCGACUACCGACUCCUGGACACGCCUCUCCCAAUCUGAUCUAUUAGCUGACCCGACAAAUUGUAAUGACUACAGAGAGGAUUAGCAAGGCCCCUGCACAAGGAUGACGCGCAUAAUGAAAUAAAUAAAUGAAUGAUAAAAUAGUUAAAAAUACUACGACAGUACGCUUCUUACCGAGUCCUUCCGCCCGUCAUCUGCUUGACAAUCUUCCUUAGUUAGUGCAUGCAGCAUUGUUCGAGUAAGCAGGGAGAAACUUGCUCAGACAGUCAGACUCCUGGCCGAGCUUAAGUAAGGGAGAGAACUGACUUCUGGCCGGAAGUUGAAGUUGUGAUCGCUGUCGGAGCUAAGAGAGAGGGAAGAAGAGGUAAUUCCCUCCUGACUUUUCCCAAGUGGUGAGCUUGAGAUGCACCAGAUGCUACUCCAACUGUCGCCCAUUGACUGAAGCAAGGAGAGAAGGGACAGCCAGCUAACAAUAACUUUUUCCCAAUUCAUUGUUAUUUUGCUGCAGGAUCACCUACAUAUCUUAUUGGCCAUGAAGAAUACAUAUAUUAUAUCACUUCUUUCUUGUGAAGACUAUAACUUUUCUAAUUCUUCGUUGACCUUGAGUGAAUUUGUGUUUAAGGCCACUUCUGGUCUCUGUGGGUGUUAACCAUCAUCAUCAGAAGCAGCAGCAGCAGCAGAAGCAGCAGAAGCAGCAGAAGCAGCAGCAGCAGAAGCCGCUGCAGCAUGUCAAGUCAAUACUCUCAAGUAAAAGCUGGUAGGUUUUUAAUUGAUCCAACAAUCAGCUAAAAAUAGAAAGAGAUGGAGGAUUGGGAGGAGGAGGAGGUCAGGGAUGAGCAGUGAGUGUCAGGCGGCCGAGAGGCCGUGGAACCAUCGUUUGACCAGCGCGCUCAGAAAUAUAGAAUACCGGUUUUACGGCGUUAACUGUUUUUCAAGCGAAUGGUGGACAAGUCAUGUGGCUGAGCGGUGCGCGCAUGUACCUGUUAAUGAACAGGUCAGAUGGAGACAAUAAGGAGGGGGUAGUGGUAAACCCCCCUUCAGGGGGAGAAAAAAGGGGGGAAAAAGAAGAAAGGAGGAAUUAUUGACAGGCAAAGUGAUGUCUGUCUAUGUGGUGUAGGGAGGAUUGUCCAUUGUUAUAUUUUCUCUUGUGGUCGAUCGACUCUUCUUUCAGAACCGAUGCAGAGCAGUCGACAUGCAGUUCAAUCCACUUAGACUAGCAGGAUCAGAUCAGAACACCAAGGAAUAGUUAACAGAAUCGGUGCUUAGGAAUAGAAUUAGCUAUAAGCGAGGGAUUCGCACCCUCAGGAAUGCUACAAUGUCAUAGGACUGCUGUUUUUUUACGAUAUCUAUUAUAUUGCUCCAACAGAAUGGCCGAAAUUGCAGUUCUCUGCUUGACAAUAGAAGGAAGGGAGGGAAGGAGGGAAAGCAGUUUUGCACUUGGGGGAGAGAGAGAGAGGGAGGGGGGGGGGGGGGGGAGGAGGGGGGGGGGGGGGAGGGAAGAGAGAGAGAGAGAGAGAGAGAGAGAGAGAGAGAGAGAGAGNAGAGAGAGAGAGAGAGAGAGAGAGAGAGAGAGAGAGAGAGAGAGAGAGAGAGAGAGUAACGGCCUCCGAGACAGUCUGAAAUUGUGGACAAAGAAAUGCCACCCACACAUAACUCGACAGGAACGUCUCUCAAGCGUAGGGCACUGGACUAGCUAGGGUGCGAUAGAAGCUUGUUUAUGAUGCCUAAAGCUGCCAGCAGCAAUGGCAUCGGAGUGGCGAUUCUAUAGUCAAUUUAUGACUACCAUGAAUAUGACUCUUUCGUCAUAUUUCUGUUGUUUCAACUUGUUUGGUCAUUAGGUCCUACCAUGGUCGGAUGCUAUAGUCAUUCUAUUGCCAUUCAAUAGCCUUCCUAUGGCCUUCCCUGUUCGUUGGUUACCUCUAGUCGGUCAAAGCCAUUCUAUAGCUCUUCCUGUUCUUUUGUUAUCUUUAGUCGUCCUGUAUCCUUUCUAUAGACAUUUCAGUUCCUUAGCUCCUGUCACGUACCACACCCCAAUUGUCUCAGUUUAUUGGGUGUUGCGCUAUCAAUUCCCUCUAAUUCUAUGGUACCCUAUAUAGCCAGAAGGAGCCGAAGCGCUUGUUUUUUCCCUUUUUUUCUUUGUUGCUUUCCAAUGACCGGACUUGAAAAAUCCCACUAUUGUUAUUUAUUGUCACAACCUCACUUUGUCAGGAUUCCGUAAUUUAUGCCAUCUCCUGGUGCAUUCCUUGUAUGUAGUCGCCAUCUCUCGGCCGCGGCGGGCAGUUGCAGGACUGGAAUGUUCUGAGGAAGCAGAAAAGAGGUUUAUUAUCUGUUUACUAAUUUUACUUAGUAUUAUUAAAAGAGUAGGACAGCAGGACAGCAGGACAGCAGGACAGAAGGACAGAAGGACAGCAGGCAGGGGAGUUUUUUGGGCUCUGGAGAGGUGGUGUUUGAAGGAACGUUGUGAUACGUAUCUGCCAACUGCGGGGUUUUCGUCAGUUAUGGGAUAAGCAUUACAAUUUGCUUUC